UACAAAAUUAAAUAAAGUUAGACAGUACUGAAAAUAUCCAUUACGCAGAUUACUAAUGAAAAUAAUUAUUAUGAGGAUGUUUGUGAUUAUGAUACGAAAAUAUUGUGUGCUGUCUGAUCAUUUCGAUUCUGGAAUUAGUCUUUGGCAAUGCAGAAAAAAGGACAAAUGCAAGCCAAUACAUGUAUCGAAAUUCAGGAGACUUUGAAUGGAUACAAUUCAAACAUCAUUCGUUGUUUUGGACCAGAUUAGUUUUUUGUCUCAAAACUGACUCAAACAAACUUGAAGAUAGCCACAUGUAUUUUUACGUGUCCGUUAUGCUGAAAGGCUCCAUAUUUCUUUGUGUGUGGGUGUAUAUUUUUCAACUUAAAAAACUACCUUGCCAUUUUCACGAAAAAAUAUACAAUUUGAAUUAUUUGUAUGAUGCUUUAUUAUAUUUUUACAUUUUCAGGACAAUAUUCCACUGAAUAUGUGCGAGCCUUUGUUUUUGCGCACAGCAGAGAAAAGUCCGCUUGUGGCCAGAGUGUGGCAGUCUACAACAGGGCUUCAGCCAGUCCCUCCCUUUUGCACAAUGACGCUUUCGACAAUGAAGCAGUCAUUUGGAGCCACUGCUCGCAAAACGUGGACGUGGACGGCUGUUGUCUCCUUUAAUAUUUUGUUUUGUUGGAUUUUACGGAUAACGUGUGCAGCGGAAAGCCGGUGGAACGUUAAUUUACGACGAUGUCGCAGCAAGUAUUGUUGUUCGUCCUGGUUCUGUGUUUCCCCUCCGUGGUCGGACAAGUCAGCUACUCGAUCCCGGAGGAGAUGGAGAAGGGCUCGUUGGUGUCAAACGUGGCGCAAGAUUUAGGUUUGGAUUUAAAAAGGCUGAAAUCCGGGCGAGCUCGCAUUCAUUCUGGAGACAACGCGGAGUAUCUCGAGCUGGAUAAAGAAAGAGGGCUCCUCCUUGUGAAGGAGAGGAUAGACAGAGAGACGCUGUGCGGUGAGACGACGCUCUGUGCUCUGCAUUUGCAGAUGAUUCUGGAAAAUCCCAUGGAAUUGUUUCGCAUCACAAUUGAAAUCACAGACAUAAACGACGGUGCACCACGCUUUGCAUCUAGCAGCAAACGUUUUGAAAUCAGCGAGUCGGCCAUCGUCGGCUCUAAAUUUGUGCUGGAGAAAGCCAUCGAUGCUGAUAUUGGGACAAAUGGUCUGCAAAGCUACUCGCUCAGCCCAACCAAUAAUUUUCAGCUGAAAUUGGAAAGUCAAGUAGACGGGCAUAAAAAGGUGGAAAUGAUAUUACAGAAGGCUCUCGAUCGAGAACAGCAGGAGAAGCUUUCCUUGUUAUUAACAGCCUUUGAUGGCGGACAACCGCGCAGGUCAGGAACAAUGCAGAUUAUUGUUCAUGUGUUAGAUGCAAAUGAUAACGCACCCGUGUUUAGUCAGACUUUAUACAAGGCAACUAUUCGUGAAAAUUCCCCAAAAGGUACCCGUGUAAUAACUGUUAGUGCUUCAGACAAGGACAGUGGCUCUAAUGGAGAAAUAGCAUAUUUAAUAUCCCAAAACACCCUCAUAUCUGAAUUAUUUCAGAUCAAUAGUGCAACUGGGGAUAUAAUUUUAACUGGUGAUGUUGAUUAUGAGAAGUCGAAAGUACUCCAAAUAGACAUCGAAGCGGUAGAUAAUGGAGGACUGUCUGAUUCAAGUAAGAUCUUGAUUGAUGUCAUUGAUGUAAAUGACAACAGUCCCCAAAUGAAAAUCCUCUCCAAGUCAGAUUCCAUUUCAGAGGACUGUGCAGAGAAUACUGUUGUCACGAUGUUAAGUGUGAAUGACCCUGACUCUGACAAUAAUGGAGGGGUCAAGUGUCACACCAAUAAUGAUAUUCCAUUUAAAAUAGAAAACACAAUCAAUGGAUUUUAUAGUUUAUUAACAGAGGUAGAUUUGGACAGAGAAUCAGCAUCUGAGUAUAAUAUCACAGUGACAUGUUCUGAUGAGGGCGUGCCUUCCCUCUCCAGCAGCGUCACUCUCACCUUACACAUCUCAGAUGUGAAUGAUAACGCGCCUGUCUUUGAGAGGAGAUCAUAUGAGGCCUAUGUUGUUGAAAAUAACACACCAGGUCUCUCCAUAUUCACAUUGAAAGCCAGUGAUGCUGAUUGGAACCAGAAUGCUCGUCUUUCGUACAUCCUGGAGGACUCCUCAGUUAAUGGAGUCCCAGUCUCUUCAUAUGUGUCCGUUAGUGCCGAGAGUGGAAUCAUCCAUGCAGUACGUUCUUUUGACUACGAGCAACUGAAAGAGUUCCAUUUCCGAGUUAGAGCACAGGAUGGUGGCUCCCCUCCCCUCAGCAGCAACGUGAGCGUUCGCAUCCUGAUCCAGGACCAAAACGACAACGCUCCUCAAGUCCUGUACCCGGUGCAAACGGGCGGCUCGCUGCUGGCCGAAAUGGUGCCUCGUUCGGCCGACGUGGGCUUCCUGGUGACUAAAGUGGUGGCCGUGGACGUGGACUCUGGCCAGAACGCCUGGCUCUCCUACAAAGUGCACAAAGCCACCGACAGGGCGCUGUUUGAAGUGGGCCUCCACAACGGAGAAAUCCGAACUGUCCGCCAAGUGACUGACAAAGAUGCUGUCAAACAAAGACUGACUGUUGUCGUGGAGGACAACGGGCGGCCCUCUCGCUCAGCGACAGUCCUUAUUAACGUGGCGGUGGCCGACAGCUUCCCUCAAGUGCUGUCAGAGUUCACUGACUUGAGCAUGCACGACAAGGAGUACAAUGACCAGCUGACUUUUUACUUAGUCUUGGCGCUGGCGGUGGUCUCCUUCCUCUUCAUCACCUGCUUGCUGCUUAUCAUAUCGGUCAAAGUGUACAGAUGGAGACAGUCUCGUGUCCUGUACCACUCCAACCUGCCUGUCAUUCCGUAUUAUCCGCCUCGAUACUCGGAUACUUUGGGAACGGGGACUCUCCCGCACGUCUACAAUUAUGAGGUGUGCCGGACCACUGAUUCCCGAAAGAGUGACUGUAAAUUGGACAAAGUUGCAAGCCAAAACGUGAUGAUGAUGGACCCCAGUCUCACAGCAACCAUGCAUAAAAUACAAAAUGAAAAGAACAUCCUGGAUGAACUCGAUUCUCCUCUAGAGCAAAAGCCUCCCAACAAUGACUGGCGUUUUAACCAGGGAGCAAGACCAGGACCCAGCGGUCCCCACAUGCCAUACGGUACACAUAUACGAUGGACGCCGAAGAGUGGGACAAGAGCUGCCGGAGGACCCGAGGUUGCCAUGGGAACAGGACCAUGGCCCCAACCCCCAACUGAAGCUGAGCAGCUCCAAGCCCUGAUGGCUGCGGCUAACGUGAGCGAGGCGACCGGCACCCUUGGACCCGGCACGAUGGGCCUGAGCACCCGCUACAGCCCCCAAUUCACCCUGCAGCAUGUGCCCGACUACCGGCAGAACGUCUACAUCCCCGGCAGCACGGCCACACUCACCUCCAAUCCUCAGCAGCAGCAGCAGCAGGCCAUGGCCCAGCAGGCCAGCCAGCAGGCACUGCCUCCGCCCCAGCCGGGCCAGCCCGAGCCACCGAAAGCCGCCCAGACCCCCGCCUCCAAGAAGAAGUCUACCAAGAAGGAGAAGAAGUAGAAACGGAGGCGGAGGAAUGCUCACUCGGGUCUGACGAGAGCUGAAACCCCCCACACCCCACCAUCAGCUAUCGCACGAUGGACGGUUCUGAUGGUUCUUUGGAAGUGCCCUGAAGGCUCGGAGGAGUCUGAAAAUGCCGAAUGCUUCUGCUUGUAAUCGGUCGAUAUUUGCUGGCUGGGUAUGGGGGGUUAUUGUGAUUUUCUUUUCUUUUCUUUUGGCUAAGACAAGAAACCUCCCAAGGUUGACAAAGCUUAAAAGCAAGUGAUGUAUUCUGAGAAAUGUUUUGUCUUUCAUGUUGGAUUUAUUGUGCUCUUUCCCUCAAGUGGGACGUCAGCUGUUUUGAGUACGCUCGCCGCCAUGAUAUUUCGAUGUAGGGCCGGCCUUUGCGGGAUCUUCAAGCAUACCUUUUGCGGAGAUAAUAAGGCUGUUCUUUUACUGCGAUUACAAACUCAUCUGCAUGCUCUUUAAAGGUUCAAACCACAUUGUUCUAGUUUAGAAUUGCAAACUAUGCAUUACAAAAGCAAAAGAGGAGGAUGCCACACCCCCUCCCCCGCCCUCUGCCAAGUCGCUGAUGAACGGAAUCCACAUGUAGCAUUUACCUGGCAAAAAAAAACUUUUGUAACCAUCGUUCGAAAAAGUAAGACAUUAACCUCCUGCAAAGCAUGUAUCCGCAAUGAGAGCCAACAGGUGUUGUCCAGUUGACCCAGACUCAGACCCUCACCGCCCCACGUUGAGAGCCAACCUGAAGUACAGUAUUGCGCUGACGUUGGGUAUCAAUCACAUUCUGAUGAAGUGUUUGCCCUCACUGUCCACGUUAUUUUGUUUGCUGCAAUAGCAUCGAGCGAUUGUACGCGUAACAUAUGAAGUCCGGCUGGUGAGCGGGAGAGAUUGGAGGUUCUGGCGACCGCCACCAAAUCAUUGUUUGACCACGUCUCCAACCAUUGAAUGUACAGAGGAAUCACUGUUGCCCCGCCCACCACUAGCUCAAAUGCACUGACCUAGGCUGGGGUCAAAGGUUCGGCGAGGCGAUGCCACUCACCAUACUCGCACUUCGCUAAUAUUAAAAAUCCCCCCUUCCCUACCCCCAUUCGCUCACUUGUAAAUAAACACAAGUCCUGUUGAUGGUAUGAGCCAGGUGUUUGUGUUGUAGGGGCCGCCGUUGUUCAACUUUUUCCAAAAUCAAAGUCCUCCACAAAGCGUGGCUCACUAUUGGAAUGUGUUGCAUUUCGUUUUCCAAGAAAAUUAAGCAAACAACAAAUAUAAAAAAAAAUCAUAAAUGAAAAUCUGAGAUGUUUUUCAACAGUUUGUGUUGCAAUGUAGUAACUAAGCACCAUGCCAACUAACCCGUCAGUGUAAAUAGAACAAAUGAAAGAUAACUUUAGAUAAGUGACACACGUAGACUAGUUAACCUGUGAUAUGUGUUGCGCAUAUUUUUGUGUUCAUUUUCUCUUCUAUCUUUUAUCACCCUGUAAAGAAAUGACAAAUAUGAAUAUGUUUCUAUCCUUCUGUAACCUCUCAAUGUUCUUUUUGCGGUGAUUUGAUCUUGUGCAUUCUCUUUCUGUCCAUAUGAACAAAUGACUACAGUAUAAAUAUUAUUAAUGUGUACGUCUGUCCGCUGCUGAAUUAAUGCUACUCUAUCAUGCUGUAUUAUCUUUCUUAUCAAAUGCAAACCCCUUCCCCUCGCCACGCUUUAUCCUUCUCAUUUUUAUGCUAAUAUUUAUAUUGCUGUUUUAUUUUCUCUUGAACACUGACAUUUCAAAUAAAACGAUUACGAAAUCA